CAUACACACACACACACCCCGAGACACACUCGGUUAUACACGCGCGCGCACCCACACAGACACACAGACACACACAGAGUCUAGAAAGGAAGAAGAAGAAGAGCGGUUUAUUUCGGAGCACUUCCUUCUUAAACGAAAGAGAUUUAAAAUAAACAGCACGGGCGGGUGUAGACUGACUGGAACAGCGGAGUAAAAGCGAAAGGAACCGAAUGGAUGCGGAUUGAGACGCGAAGCCGCGUAGAGCGAGGUGACUUAUGGCACGAUGAUAACUUAAGGUAACUUUUUUUUUUUUUUUUCAUUUUUAUUUUGGGAUACAGAUGGCUAACACGUCGGUAAACGACACGGGCAUGGCCACGUACACCCACGUUCGCGUCUGUGCGUCGGCGGUGGCUUUCGUGAUCUUGUUCCUCUUUAAUCUCCUGAUCAACUGGACCAUACUGCGGGAUCAGCGUCUGCGCAGCCACGCGCGCUUCGUGCUCGUGUUCCACCUGCUGCUCUCCGCCACCACUUACUUCGCCGUGUGCUUCAUCUUCUACCUGCAGAUGAACGCGCGCGCGAAGCUGCCGGCGCCCGCAUGCGCAGCGCUCAUCACCGUGCUCGCGACCACCGCGUCCAACAUCCUCCUCACCAUCACGGCCAUGGCCCUGGACCGCUACGUGGCCAUUUGCUUCCCGCUCCAGUACAGCAGCGUGCGUUUCAAGCACUGGCCCUGGCUGCUUGGGGUGGUCACGUGGGUGCUCGCCUCCAUCAUCCCUCUCAGCCUGUUCUCUAAGGUGGAGAACGCGACCAGCAUCCAGAAUCCGACAUGCGGCCGGGAUCAGCUAAAAACCGGAGGAGUGCACAAGAUUUUACUCAUCUCCAUCUGCACCAUCCUCAUCCUGUACAGUUACGUGCGCAUUCUGUGCGUUGGCCGCCGCCUGGGCGUGCUGAACCGGAGGAACCGGGCCGGGUGCAGGACCAUCGCCUUGCACGGCUUGCAGCUCGCAGUGUACAUCCUGCCAAACUUCAGCAACUUCGUGCUGGAGAUCCUCAAGGGAAAGGGAACGAUCACGAUAGACACCAAAGAGCGUUUUGCCGUGAUUACGUUCGUGUUCUUCAGCCUGGCUCAGUGUAUCGCACCUAUAGUGUACGGACUGCGCAAAGAGGAGCUGCUGGAGCAACUUAACCUGCGCUUCCCCUGUCUAGCCUGCAAACUCAAGAGCCUUCUGGAGUGGACGGUCGGUUUCACCCACCCUGGUCGCCAACCCCACAAACGGGAAAGGAGAAUGACAUCUGAGACACUUUUAUCAAGAGAAUUAUCACAGACGACUGUGUGACCGUUAGGGACAGUACACAGAGACUGGAUUUAAUACAGCUACAGAGUGGAUUUGUACAGUAUUCACGGAUUUUUAAACAUGAACUCAACUGUGAAAUGGUCAAGACACCAAAGAAAUAGACUUUUAAAGGACUUGGCAGCUAUGUGGAGUAAAAUGUCCUUUUGAAAGCCUUAUUGCACCACUGUUGAUGCUUUUGGAUCAAUGUGCAUUCAUUAGAGCAACAAUUAUAUAAUAUGCAUAAUGUAGGUCUUUUGAUAAAGUGCAAGUUUGUUUUAUAGAAUUAUCCAAGUAUUUAGCGAUUUUCAUGGAGAAUUUCAUUAGAAUUCACGGGUUUCCCGUCCACCUGCAUUUCAGCUGUUCCAAACUAACAUUCUUCGCACUCAUAAGUACUCGCCCUUCCUACUAAGUUAGUCAAAAGUACCUAUAUGAUGGGAUAUUUCAUAUGAUGGGAAGUUGCACUUACAUUUGACAAUCAACUUAUUAAGGACCAAUGAUAAAAUUAAGAAAGAAGACCA